GCAGUGAUCCCAUCAAUCCCGGCAUCGCAGGCCCUACGACUGCAAUUUCAAGCAUCGUCGCAGCCAUCAUCCUCUGCACCACUGCAGCAGAUUCUGUCUCCAGUGUCGACUGGCUUGGUCGGGUUGGAUUAUGCUAUUUCGGCAUCUGCUGCUGCUUCUGGAACAGCAGCAGGAACAGGAGCUGGAGGAGGGUUCGCGCGGGGCAGUGUGUCCGAAGUAUACGGUCCGCCGGGGGUUGGCAAGACAUCGCUGCUGCUGAACACGGCGGUCAAGGCGUUGGCUGCAGGACAGCAUGUCGUCUGGAUUGACACCGGCCCCCCAAUCCCCAAACCACGCCUUCAACAGCUAUUAGAAGCAGCACAUACACAUACACAUACACAUACACAUACACAUAACAACAGCACGAGCAGCAGCUUGAGCAAAGAAGAAAUGGCCCAAAACCUCACACACAUCCGCACGCCAUCUCUACCACACCUCGUCGCUCUCCUCGCCCACCCACCCCCAAACUUCCCACCUGUUGGGACGAGUUUACUCGUUGUCGAUUCUGUCUCUGCGCCGUUUCCGUCGUAUUUCCCAAACGCCACCGAAAUCCGCUCGCGCCUUGCUUCAGCCUCUUCUACAACAGGAGGAGGAAAAGAGCAGCAGCAGCAGCAGCAGACGCAAUGGCUCCUCAACCGCAAACGCAACGUAGCCAGCGACCUAGCCAGCCACGCGGCCAAGCUCGCGUCAACGCGUGGUCUUGCAGUGGUACUGCUGAAUCAGACACAUACAAAGAUUCGCGGAUUGCCGCGGCCGACGCUGUAUCCGGCGCUGGCGACGGCGGGGGCGUGGGAGAGUUGUAUUUCGACGAGGAUUGUUAUUUAUCGCGAGUUUUUUUCGGACGUUUCUGGGAAGAAGAGGAAAGAGAAGGUGAGGUUUGCAGAGAUGAUGAAAAAGGGUGGGAAGGUGUUGGCGGCAAGAACGGAAGAGGAUAUUGUGCGGUUUAUAAUCGAUGAUAAUGGCCUGCGAGAGCUCAAUCUGCAACCCGAAUCAACGCCGCAGACAAUAUCGCUGCCAGUGUCUGUGCGGAAACGCAAGGUUGGCGAGAUUGCAGAUAGCGAAGAGGAGAGUGGGUUUGAGGAUGAGGAGGAGUAUGACUGGGAGGGGACGUAG